CCUUUGGGUAAUGUGGCCGCUCGGAUAGAAGCUGAAUGAGAAAGUGGGCAAAACCAGUGGAUAUUAUCGAGCACCAUGGCCUCCACACCCUCUGCCUCCGCCCUGUCCUCGGUCCUCCGGUGCAGAGGGAAUAUCUGGGCCAGGAACCCGCCGACCAAGCGGCCUGCCCCCGCCGAGCGCCCCCGGCCAGCCCGGCCCUCCGCCUGGGGGGAGGUGAGGGGGAGGCUGACUGUGACGUGUGUGUCCCUGCAGGCGGAUGAUGGUAAAGUGUCGAGAGGAAAAGAUUUCAGCGAGAUUAAUAAUAAAUCAUAUGAUCCAAAACGCUCCCGCUGCUUGGCGCCCGGUGUCCACACCGCGCUGGUGCGUUCGCUGACGCACAGACUGACACCGAACCGGCCCGGGUUAGAUAAACGCUCCAGGAUGAUCCAAGUGAUCCAAUGCGGGACAUAUGCGGCCCACGUCUGUCACUGUAUCCCUCUGAGGGGAAGCAGCGAGUGGCCGGCUGCAGUUUGGAAAGUUUCCAUAACGUCCCCGUGUUUGAAUGCAGGACAGUUGUCCUCGGUGCGGACGUGUUUGAAGAGUCCCUGCGUGUCUCUGACUGCUCUGCUGUCUCACUUCAUGUGGACGAGGUCUGAUGAUGCAACACUUAGCCCACAGGAGGAGGACAGCCUCAAAGACGACCACCUGCGGGAGAGUGGACAGAUCGUCAGCUCCACAUCUCUCACCUCCUCUGAGAACAAGUGUGGACAGAGGGUCACAGAGGACAGACCCGACUGAGGGGCGGGGGUCCAAGGCCUAAGCACCAAAACACACUUUGAACCCUUGUUUAUUGAUUUUUACUGUCCAGUACACAACAUCUGGACUUCAACCCAGUGAUCAAAGAAAACCACUGGUUGUUUACAGGGUAUUUUAUUUUAUUAGAUGUUUUUCAGGCCUCCAGUUGGAUAGUUUCAUAAGGCAGGUUAAUUUAUUUUCGAGCUUAACCUCUUCUUUCUGUUUUGGUACAAGAUCAUGUUUGACAGGAAAAUGUUCCUUUGGAAACUGUAAAAAUUGUUUUCUGUACAUGUGGAAAGAUCAUAAAAGAUAUGCCCUCUUA